AUGGGCGGCAGUGACGAGGCGGCCGCUGUGUCCUGCUCCCCGUUGCCCCCUGCGAAGCGGCGACGCGGUGACCGGGUUGUCUCGCUGCAGUGCCCGUACUGCCCUCGCGUCGUGACCGGCGACCCAAGCAGGAGCAUCCGCACCAACUACAACCGCCACCUCCUCACGCACACGAAGGAGCGGCCGUACCAGUGCGAGUUCUGCCUCGCGCAGUUCACAACGAGCACCAAUAGACGCCGGCACGUGCUGCGGCUUCACCCGGAGUUGCUUGCGACAUGGUCUACCGCAUCCGCUGCGGCAUCCUCUCUGCCGGAGAGACAUGUGGAGGGGGGUGACGAGAAUGCCAAGGCGGAUGCUGAUGCCGCCGCCGCAGUUGAGGCGGGAGCCGCGUCGGAAGCAGUGGGCUUUGCCUGCCGCUUCUGCGGCACGGAGUUUACGUGCAAGGGGUCACGAACAUUGCACGAGCGUCGUUGUCCUGUAAGGCCGCAUCCACCGCGGGUAUUUGCCACGACUUCGUCCCUGACAACUUCGGGAUCUAAUUUAGCAGCCCCUGCCACAGAGCAGACGGGCGAGCUGGCCGACACAAUCUUCCUCUGCCCCAACUGCGAACAGGAGCUAUCCAGCCGACAGCAAGUUAAACGCCACUUGCGGUGCUACUGCCCCUUUCGUGACGACGCGUUUGCAUCCUACAGUGACAACGGCGACGGGCAGGAGGGGGUCCAGCUUGGACGGCGAUCAAGAACCAAACGUAGCCGUCGCAUACUUAUGAAACGCGGCGCCAGCUCCGCGGAGCAUUCGAGUGGACGACCGCGACACGACGAGGUGAAUGCAGUCACCUUGGCGGGGGCGCCUCCAAGUACGCUCCGAGCAGUGGAAGCGGUGCCGUCAGUCACCCAUGGACACUUGCAGACUGUCACGACAGUCAUUUGCCCAUACGAUGGCUGCUUGUCCACCUUCGCCUCUCGCACACGGUGGCUGGCGCACGUCGCACGCCGUCACCCACGUGAACUCGUGCAGGAAAUGUGA